AUGGAGCUAAAUUCAAUCAAAGACGCAUUCGAUCGCGUUACAAAAAAGCAAAAACUCUCAACCUCCAAAUCCCAAGAAACAAUCCAACAAAUCACCCAAGAAAUCAACCACGCGAUAUCACAAAUCCAAUCAACCACUCCAUCCACCAAAUCAAUCCUCAAUGAACUCCAAUCAAAACUAAAACAAAUCGCUCCACUCACUCAACUCGAAUCCACACAAAAAGACCUCAACAUCGCUUUCAGCAAAUACACAAAACUCCUCGAAAAACAAUUCAACCCCGACAUCUCCAAAUCCUACCGCCACGUCGACUUCGACCUCCACACUGUCAACCAAAUCAUCGCCGCUCAUUUAUACCGCGAAGGACUGUUCGAAAUCGGCGAUUGUUUCAUAACCGAAUCAAACGAGAAAACCCUAACCGACAGAAAAACUCACUUCCACGAAAUGUAUAAGAUCCUUGAUUCCAUGAAAACGCGUGACCUCGUUCCUGCUUUAUGCUGGGCCACCAAUAAUCAUGAAACACUGCUAAAAAACGGAUCCGACAUCGAACUAAAACUCCACCGUCUCCAAUUCAUGGAGAUUCUCCAGAGCGGACGGCGCGACGCCGCGUUGAAAUACGCGCGGUCGCACUUCGCGCCGUUCGCAGAGCGCCACCUCCCAGAGAUUCAAAAGCUAAUGGCGUGUCUUCUCUGGGUGGGGAAGCUCGAAUCCUCGCCGUACUCCGAGUUUCUCUCGCCAUCGCACUGGGCGAAACUCGGAGACGAAUUAGCGUUACAGUACUGUAACCUAAUCGGCGAGUCGCACCACUGUCCGCUGAGCGCGACAGUGGCUGCAGGCGUUCAGGGUUUACCGACGCUUUUGAAAUUGAUGAAUGUGAUGACGGGGAAGAAGCAGGAGUGGCAGACGAUGAAGCAGUUGCCGGUGCCGGUGGAUUUAGAUCAAGAGUUUCAAUUUCACUCGAUAUUUGUGUGUCCCGUGAGUAGGGAUCAAGCGGGGGAGGAUAAUCCUCCGAUGUUGAUGUCUUGUGGGCAUGUGCUUUGUAGACAGUCGAUUACUAAGUUGUCGAAGAAUAAUAGUACGCGGCCUUUUAAGUGCCCGUACUGCCCGACCGAGGUGGAGGUCGGGCAGUGUAAGCAGUUGUACUUUUAG